AUGCGAUUAACAAGCCUCGAUCUUUCGGGUUCGCGGCCAUAUUUACCUCAAGAGAUUAUCACAUGGUUGAUAUCGAAUGCGCCCAAUCUCAAGAACAUCGCUCUCAACGAAUCAUAUCUUCAGCUGGAUGUCGCAAACGCCAUGAUCAAUUCGACACAUCUUGCCAAGUUAGAGAUCAACCAGGCGAGGAGAAAUGACGAUUUUGAAGGCAUCAUUCGAUUCUUGAAUCAUCAUAUUGAAAUGGGUGAUACGUCAACACUCGAAGAGAUUACCAUAACCACCAGAAAGAUGACGUCUGAUGCAACAUGGCUAUCGUUAAUUUCCAAGCUACAAUGUCUCAAGAACCUGAAUCUACGCACUUAUUGCAUUCCCGCAGACUGCUUACCAGCGAUGGAAGAGAUAGGUCAAGGCUGCCCAGCUCUAGAAGAGUUAACUCUCGGUAAGUAUAAUUGCGAUAUCGGUGACGGCAUCAUCGGCUCUUUUUGUCAACAUUCGAAUAUCAAGUGUCUCAAGAUUGGAUCAAGAUCAUUAAGCUCUGUCAGUCUUAUGCUGUUGACUUCUACAUUUUCAAGCUUAGAACAGCUCUACGUUCGAUGUAAUCUUCCAGAGAGUGUAAUGAUGAUGUUAAAAAAUAAGCAUGUAUCGAAAAUCGUGAUCAAUACACUACCUACAGCUACAUAUUAA